UUGAGCUCGCUCAUUGCUGUAUAACAGGCUUUGGUUUGGUGGAAUGAGAAGUGAUUAUAUCAGCUGUUGCAACAAUGCCUUCAGUUCAGCAUCUGAGAGAGUUCAUCAGGGAGAGGUUAACUGCUGCUGCAGAAGAAAUCUUCUCCGAGUUUGAGAAAACCAUCGUCCAGUUUGAGGAGGAGCUCAGUCAGCGCAGACUGGCGGAUAUCAGCCGGACACCCGAGAUAAAGUUACGCAGUACUGGCCACCCACAGCAACAUGACUGUAAGGAAGAGGAGGGUCUGGAUGACCAGCAGGUCUGUAACCAGGAGAGGAACUCCAGUCUGGACCAGGAGGACUCAGAACCUCCACAGCCUAAAAAGAACCAGGAGGAACUCUCGACCAGUCAGGAAGGAGAGCAGCUUGUACUGAAGCAGGAUACUGAAGACAUCUUGAUCGGGGAGGAGCUCCAUAUCAUGUGGAAACCUGAAAAAAAUUUGAACAGAAUAGACCACCCACAGCAACAUGACUGUAAGGAAGAGGAGGGUCUGGAUGACCAGCAGGUCUGUAACCAGGAGAGGAACUCCAGUCUGGACCAGGAGGACUCAGAAUCUCCACAGUCUAAAGAGGAGCAGGAGGAACUCUCGACCACUCAGGAAGGAGAGCAGCUUGUACUGAAGCAGGAGACCAAAGGCACCAUCGUCUGGACCGGGCAGGAGCUGGGUAUCAUGUGGAAACCUGUUAUAAAGCUGAAGAGAAUAGCACGACAGACUAUUCCACCCUGCCCGACUCCAGCCUUCAGCACCUUCCUAGAAUAUCAACAAAAGAAAAACGAGGAGCGGCAAAAGUAUUCUGUAGGGAGAAAGGGGUUAAAGCACAAGGAAAAAAUAAAAGUUCGGAUAAAUGUUGGCUUGAUGGUCAUUCAGAAGGGUGGUAUAAGGCCACAACGUGGAAAAAAUAUUUCCCUUACAACAGACCCAGACAUCUCUGCCACAACUCUGCUUAGUCAGGCUGUUAAAAAAAUGAAGGACUUCAACAAAGAUAUAAAAGAUGGGCCUUUCCUUCUUCUGUAUCCAGAUGGGACAGAGGUUAUUAAUAUCCCUGGGACACAAAGACCUUUUACCCUUGGUGCUUAUAAGGCUGAAGUUGGCAAGCCAUAUCAAAGGAUUACUGUUUUCAUCUGCUUGAAAAGGGACUUUGAAGAAGUUGGAAAUUUGUCAGACUUGUCUGACUCUGACCCAGAGAUUGUUAUUAAAAAAUCCUCAGAGUUUGAUCUUGCUGAUACACUGCCAUGGGAACCUCUGGAUGAAAGCAGUCCUUUACAACAAGUGGCAGAAACAGAGGAUGAUGUUGGGGAUCUAGUGCUUUCAAAUGAAGUACAACAGGAUAUAGAUUUGGAUAACAGAAAAGAUCCAGGCACCCGUGAAUGUCUCACUGUCCAGAGCUCCUGUUACAGAAACUACACCAACCUGUUUGAACCCAUUCUGAUUGACGACGAAGACGAUGUUGAAGAUCUUACUCAUGACAAAGAGAAAGAGCUGCCUACAGAAGAGCCUGUAAAAACAAAUGUGCAGGCACAUGAAAUUAUUGCACAUCUGGCACUGGCAAUUGACCGCAAGAAGGUCAGCAGGUUCAAUAUAUGUCGGUCAGAUGUAUGGGAUGGAGCUGUUCGCGGAUUUCAACGCAGCACGUACUCUGACAACAAUGACAUGUUCAUCAAGUUUAAUGACGAUGCUGGCUGCUUUGAAGAAGGGUUGGAUACAGGCGGCCCAAGGCGUGAAUUCCUUACACUUCUCAUGAGCCAUCUGAGAAAUCGCCCCAUCUUCGAUGGACCCCCAGAAAACCGUUAUCUUGUCUGCAAUUCAAGAGCUGCCAGGGAAGAUGAGUAUUUUUUAGCAGGAAAGAUGAUUGCUGUAUCCAUUGUACACGGGGGACCAGCACCACAUUUUCUCUCAAAGAACCUGGUCAACCACAUGAUAGGGAAUCCAAGUUUCAGCGCAACUGUAGAAGAUGUGCAAGAUGAGGAGAUAGGGAAAGUUCUGCAGCAGGUCCUGGAAGCAGAAUCAGAGGAAUCUCUGCAAAAUGUAAUUUUGCAAAACAGUACCAUGUUCCAAACUGCUGGAUGCCUCAGAAGUGUGAAGACAUGUGAGAAGCAAGCUUUUGUGGAGGAGUAUCUCAGAUGGUACAUCAUUGACAGAAACCACAGUGCCAUUCAACGAUUCAAAGAUGGAUUGGCAAGUCUUGGUUUCCUCCCUGCACUGCAGCAGCAUUCCAGUGUUCUGUCCCCAGUCUUAUGCUUCUCUGCCAAGGCCCUGACUGCUUCAGACUUGGAGACCAUGUUCAGACCAGAUCUCAGCGCAACAGGAAGCAACAGGCGUCAGAAGGAGGGAAAAACACUGGGCUUUUGGGCAGAUUAUCUCCUUGAUUCAGAAGAAAAAAUGACAGCUGUAUCUCUGGAAGAUCUGUUGAUGUUUGCUACAGGUCUGGCAGCACUUCCACCAGCAGGCAUAAUGCCACCUCCACGCCUCGAGUUUUUAAGUGAUUCACCUUUUCCAGUUGCAAACACCUGUGCAAAUACACUGAAGCUACCGCUUUUGGAAUCAUACAUUGUUUUUAAGGCAAACAUGGACUUUGGGAUCCAAAAUGCUCCAGGAUUCGGCUGUCAUUAAAUCUAAGGUCAAAUGCCAGUUACUGAUUCCUGUUCAGUCUAGUUCAGAUGCUGUUGGCAUACUACCACUGUAAGCAAGUUUUGUAACACAUUGAAGCGAAAAGCUACUUUAGUGUUUUGCUAAACAUUUUUGGUGUUUUUUGGUUCGCAGAGCUAAAUAAUUUACAGUAUAGGCAAGUUGAAACAUGCUGAACACGUUGUUACAGAGUUUUAUUCAGAAUGUGUCAAGUCUGUCUUCAGGGUUAAGACUGAAUACACAGUUCAUUUUAAAUGUUUUAAUCCACCUGUCGCUUUGUAUGUUUUGAAUAAUGUAUUACUUUUCAUUUUAGCAGAAGGAACAGGAAACAAAAGAUCAAAAAUUUGGGUUCAGGUAGUUUGUCUAAAACCUGGCUAUAUCUUUCAGCAAUAAAUACAGUUCUGUGGCUGAUUCCCAGUCUUGUGGCUGCUGUAGUCCAUUUUGUUGUACAGCCUGUUGUAGGUAUUCCUCAAUGUUUUGAUCACCACACAAUUCAGUCGCUUGCCUUGCUUCAGGGAACACAUCCAGUUCCCUCUCCUCAACAGCAAAUCCACAGUCUCUUGAACCAUAUCUGCAAAAUCAGAAUAGAAUUAAUAAUAGAAUUGUGAAGCAUAUUUUCUACAUGUACUACAAAUAGUUUAAUAUGUCAGAUUUGUUUGCUGGCUACAUGGAUCUGUAUAAGUGAGCACCAGAAAGUGAUAGCUCAUAAAUGAACUGUAUUUACUCGUACAAUGAUUAAAAUAUAUUUCCCAA